CAAAAUUUGAGGCUGUCACGUGAUGUCCCAAUUAGGAAAUGAUGACAUCUAGCACUAGAAUAGGCUACAUCUUCAGUAUAGAAGCUCAAUCUGUUCGGAUUGCAGCUAUAGGUGGCAAAAAACUGCUGUUCGAGUCUUUUGGAGGCGUCACAAAGCCAUAAAAAUCAAAGUAUUUUUUCGGGACCCAAGAUUUGAGGCGUGACAGCGUGAUGUCACAUGCUUAGUAAGGGGUGCUGGUUCCUGAUGACGCCUACCUUACUAUGCACGUAGUCUGCACCUUUGUUAGGCUCCCUGCGCCGUUUUGCGUGGCAACCCUAUCAGAGCGGCGUGUCGUCUCAUUGAAUGUACCGAAAGCGAUCCAGAAGGAGCGGGGCUGUCGUCGUCACAUACUUCACGACAUCGGACCAGGUCUCAGCCCGCACUCUGACACUCCCUCUUCGGAACCCGAUGUUGAGAACCUUGCAAGCCAGGUCGUGAAGGUACCGAUCGCCAGAGCUGAACGGCCGAUGCCCAUCCAAGCUGCGAUUUAGAUUACUGCCGCGACAGUGCGAAGCACAUGCAGUCACCGGCUCUGCUUGCAAAUGAACUCAAUGCCCGGGUCUGAUCACGGGUGAGUAGUGGUCAGCUCCAGACGCCUAACAUUGACAAUGCGUAACAACGACAGUGGUACCCGUCUCUCUCAAGCGAACCACGACCACGACUACGACCAUGCCUAUGCCACGCUUGCUGCAGAAGCUGAGCUCGAAGAACCUGCGCAGACGGACGCUGUCGACGUUCAGCGCCUCCCAUCGUCCGCCCGACGUUCCACCCGUUCCCGGCCCAUCGACCUCGGUUCAUUCGCGCGACUCGUCCAUCCCGACGUCAUUGUCCUCGUUCGCGAGUCCGGAUCCCCAAACCGUCUUCCCCCCGUCAAGCGACGAUCCUGAUUUCGAGCGGUCGCCCAGCGGCGGCCAUUUGAGAGUGGCAUAUGUCGAGGGCCCGACAGAGGAGAUCGGCCGAGCGGGCACCAGCGCGGAUGCGGAAACACGACGAGAUGAGGAGGAGAUCGCUGGAGCACUGCCGCUGCCGGGAUUCGAAAGCUUGUUCGUGUCGGAAUGGCGAGGGUUCCUCUACUCUGCACGAUCGACGUCAGAGCUUCCUGUCGGGGGAGUGAUGACGUUCAUGCUCCGGCCUGCCCCGUCACCCGACGACGGGGUGCAGGCCUUCAUCGCAACGGAGGGCGACUCGCACACGAUCACCGGGACCUGUUCCAGCAGCACGCACGCCGUCUCCUUCCGACGGUCUCUACCCGAUCGACACGCCACGCAGUUCUUCGCGGGGAAGUGGGAUCCUGCCAACGAUACUUUGCUCGGCACGCUCGGAUUCGAGCCAGACCCGGCGACGCACUUCAUGGAUCUGGUCUUCCGGCCGCUGGUCGCCCGCCACGCGCGAUUGAUGCCCCCGGACAAGGAUCCACGCGCGCUGUGGAAGUUCGCGACCGCGGCCGUGCUGGACGACGUCAGGCAGCGCGGCUGGACGUGGUCGUACUUCAAGGAGCGCCGCGACACGCGCCGCAAGUACAUCGAGCUGUUCAUCCGGAACGGGGACGGGAGCGCCCAGUUUGGCGCGACGCUGUCGGAGGAGGAGAGCGACGAGUACCGCCACGUGAAGAAGGCGUUGUCGACGGGCGAUCUGCGCUUCUACUCGACGCUGGCGGAGCAGCAGAUCCGCACUGUGCCCCGACCGCGGAGAUCGCGGCCACGGCUGCGCCCGGCGCACUCGCAUCGAGGGAUGGACCACGAGUUCCAUGGCCUAGGUCGACUGCCGGAGAAGGAGGAGAAACAGGAGAAAGAUCCGACGGUCGAGGAGCGGGUAGGAGUGCUGGAGCGCCGGUUCUCUGAGCUUGAGGAUCAGAUCUCGGGGCAUCGGGACUGGGUGAACGAGAGACUGCUGGGCCUAGAGCGAAUGCUGCAGGAGUUGAUCCAAUCUCGUGUUUAGCUAUUUAUCAUAUCUGCCCGACUUUGUAAUGUCAGUAUCCAGUCGAUUAGUCUAGCUGCGCUUCUGGACGAUAGUAAAAUAGAAUAGCUGUGCUCAUUCGGGGCAUGCAGUACGUCUCUAUUAGGCAAGGAUGGUGCCUUUUGCAUGUACCACCCCAACGCCCUCGUGCACGAGAUGACCUCAAAUGUAGCACGGAGGUCAAUGCGAGCCUCUAUGGUUUGAUAGAUGCUCGCCCGUGGGUUGCCAUCGGACUAAACUCGAGGAGCAGGCAAAUCACCGGUAUAACAUGCACUGCUUCAGGCUAGGAUUGUUUCUUGCCGAGCCACAGAUGCAUUACUUGCUCAUCACCCAGGUCGGUAGAAGACGCGAUCGCGUUCGACUCCUCCGACGACUCACUGCAUCCUCGCAGUCGCAUCUUCCCUGAUCGACUCCGCCCAGGCCACAGCAUCUCUGCGGCCUUUCUCCACAUCCACCGCGAACCAGAUGACCAGCGACGCGCACACGCACAGUGCGAACAAGAAUGGGAAGCCUGCACGUUCCGUGUUAGGAUCCCACACGACAAGUGUAUCAGAAUCGGAAUCGGACACACCCAUCCAGUUGUUACCGGAGGAGUCGAUGAUGGCCUGGAUCACGUUCGGUCCGAUCAUCGAGCUGGCGCGGUUCGAGAGACCAAAGAGACCGAAGAACUGUCCCGGGUGAGUCCAGUCGACCAAACUGCACGGCGAUUGCAUUGCGUAAGUGCUUACCAUGUUGUCAAAGCCGGGCGGUGUCAACUCGGCCAUCAUCGUCUGGGAGAACGCGUAGUACGGCGCUUGGAAGAGGCCGAAAACGACAUUGUAUGCCC